AUGGCCGCCAUGCCCGAGCUCGACCGCGAGUCGUCGCGCCUCUCCAGCGGCUCCAAGUCGCGCACGUCGCGCGCGCGCAACGCCGCACACCGCGUCUCGUACCGCGGCGCCUCGAAGCUCAAGCAGGUCGCUUCGCACGCGCGCGCACGCACCGAGGGCGACAAGGGCGACGCCGCGGCCGAGGCACAGGCGGCCAAUGCGCAGAUCAAGGGCUUCGAGGGUGUCUUUCCCGUGCCGGCGGCCGGCUGCCGGCCCAAGCCGCCCGCUGCGCUCUCGCCGUCGCAGCAGGUGGCGCUCGACGGCAUGCUCUCGCACUUCCGCGACACGAAGCAGUUCCCCACAUCGCUCAAGCCCGACGCAGAGCAGCGCGAGGCAAACGACUGGGAGAAGCUGCGUCUGCUCUCGCGCGAGUCGCUGCUGCGCUACCUGCGCGCCAGCAAGUGGGACCUGAGCACGGCAAAGAAGCGCCUGACAGACACGAUUGCGUGGCGGAGGGAGUUUGGCGUGGAUGAGCUGGUGGAUGAGGAGAUGAGCGAGGAGGCAAAGUGCGGAAAGGAGACGGUGCUUGGAUACGACAAGCAUGCGAGGCCAUUGCACUACAUGCAUCCGCACCGCAACGACACGAAGGAGACGCCAAGGCAGAUGCAGUUUGCCGUCUGGAUCCUCGAGCGUUCCGUCGACCUCAUGCCGCCGGGCAGCGAGCAGCUGGCGCUCCUCAUCAACUUUGACCACCGCAGCCGCAACCCGACGAGCAUUGCCAAUGCCAAACUCAUGCUCUACAUUCUCCAAAACCACUACGUCGAGCGCCUGGGCGUGGCGCUUUGCAUCAAUGUGCCGUGGAUCUUCAAGGCCUUCUGGUCGGGCAUCCAGCCCUUCAUCGACCCCGUGACGAAGAGCAAGUGCAAGUUCGACGAGGCGAUCAAGGACGAGGUGCCGCUGGAGCAGCUCAGCGCCGACUUUGGCGGAGAGCUGGAUCCAAAGUACAACCACGACGCCUACUGGCCCGAGCUCGUGGCAGUCUGCAAGCAGCGGCGCGACGACAUGCUUCGGCGCUUCCGCGAGUCGUGCAACUCGGAGGUGGGCGCCUCCGAGUGGGUCAUUCUUGGCGGUGACGAUGCGGAGGCGCCGUUCAACAAGAAGGACCUGCAUGAGCUGGCCGAGGGCGCGGAGGACAAGCAGGCGGUCGGCCUGACGCAGGGCGGAGAGAAGGCGCCAGUGGCACACGUCGAUGAUGAGAAGGCACGCCAAGCGCGGGAAGAGGCGAUUGCGAAGAGCAACGAGCGCGUCGAGGCUGCUACGCCGGCGGCUGGCCUGGGUCCGGACGACACGACGGAAAACCCACUGGAGAAGUUCACGACUGCCGGCCUGGCUCCUGCCUCUCAAGCUGCGGCUGCCGUCACGCCGGGCGAGAAGUACGUCACUCCCAUGGCCCAGCCAGCCUCGCACCCGAUCGAGCGCGAGUUCGAGGUGCCGCCGUCGCCGGCCUCCGCCUCCUCCAAGGCCAUCGAGCGCGUCGCGACGGAGGACACUGCCGUCUCGUCCGGCUCGCGUCCCAGCUCGGCGUCCGGCAAGGCCAAGGCCUUCUUCGGCUCGCUGAAGCGCUCGAACAAGGGCAGCAAGAACGGCAAGAGCAGCAAGCACGACAUGCAUCACAUCGCCGCCGAGAUCAGCGCCGGUCUGGGCGCCGGCGCCGCAGCGGCGGCAGCGGCACUGCAGAAGACGGCGAAGAAGCACGAGGAGAAGGCCGAGGCUGCGGCGCGCGAGGCGGAGGCGAAGAAGGCGGAGGAGAGCACGGCGUCGGCCGUCAAGGCAGAUGCGGCAGCUGCGCCGAGCGCUGCGACAGCGGCAGAGACGUCGGAGGCACCGCAGGAGGCAUCAGACGGCGCGACGCAGGAUCCGGACGCCGCUGCAGCUGCGGCCGUCGACGGCUCCGACUCGCCGGCCGCUGCCGCACCCACGCCAGCAAGCAAGCCCGUCUCUGUGCUGCUCUUCGCCUCUGCCCGCGAGGCAGCCGGCACGGCAGCCAUGUCGAUCACUCUGCCUUCAGCGUCGCUUGCGCUCGCCGACCUGCCGGAGCUCCUGCUCGCUGAACAAGCCAAGAGCAACAAGGGCGACGCAGAGGCACUCAAGCGCAUCCUGAGCGCGGCGCAGUGGAGCGUGGAUCAGGAGAUGGUCGAUGAGGAGCAGGUCAAGACGACGCUGCUCAAGGGCGGCGAGGAGGUGGCGCCCAUCACGCCCGUCAGCGGCGGCUGAGCGGCUUGCGCGCUUCUCUCGCACCUCUCGGCCACGCUUCCUCCAUCAUCCCCUCCCUCUCUUCAUCCCCCUCCACACACUCUCUUUGCACUGUCCUGCGACCGUCUUACACACGCUUUGGUCACCCUCAUUGCCCCCGCCCGCGUAUCCACACGCGCCACCUAGUACCCUACCACGCGCGAGACACGACCCAACGAAUUCCCCUGCCUUCCAGCAUCCCAUCCUUGCCGCUGCGCAGCCCCAGUAAUCAACGCUUCUCUCACACGCUCCCGCGCUGGGAAUCGGAUGCGAUUGAGGGGAGAGACGAGAGGCAUGGAACGUGAGUGUGAGAUGCGAGAGUUGUCGUGUGGAUGAUGGGCCGGCGCGGAGAUGGCGUGGGUGGU